UGUCGCGAGAUCGGUGUCUUGCGGCACAUGGAUGCGACAUCUUGUUCAGAGGGAAGGGAAAAGGCGAUCUGUUUCUCUCUCCCCUUCUCUCGCCUUCUCUGUCUCUCUCUCUCUGUCUCUCUCUUUGUCUGACGUUAUAUUUGAAAUGGUGACGCAUUCUCGGGAAUUCGCUACCCGUUUAUUUGGGAUUCGUAUCUUUUUCUGAAUGAAACUUAGCCACCGACCCCGCAUCGGCCCCUCGACGUGGCGCGGCCGCCAAGAAAGAGUGCGUCAGUUUUGAAAACGAAGACGGGCCUUCAGACAUCAUAUGAAAUGGAAGUCAUUCAAUAACGUCCAACCACUGUGGUUUAAUUCCAGUUGUGUCUCUCAGCGAUGCAACGAUACGAGAUAUAAAAACCGAAAAGGAAAAAAAACACACGGAGAGAAAGAGAGAGGGCAGGGAUACUCUACACGAGGGAAAAUAAACAAGAUCAUUGGCUAGCAUGCGGCUUAGGGGGAUGGAGUCUUAGUCUGUGUAGUGAGCGCCGGAGAGGAUAGCUUUGGCGCUUGUCGGUCUGGGUGGGUCUCGUGCUGCGCGAACCCUAGCUGUGACAUCGUGGGCGUGCGGUGGCGACCCGAGUGUGAGUGUACCUUCACCUUGGCUUGAAUUCAUCUUGUUUGCCCUGUCACACUGCCUGACGGCCUGCAGCGUGGACGGACGGAUCGCGUGCCGGGGCUUAAUCCCCCCCUUCGCCCACUCGUUUUCAUAUACAGCUUCCGCAACAUCAUCCGGACAUCUUCAUUACGUGUAUGAGGAGGACGAGGAGGAAGCGGUGCACCAGUGGCCGUAAGAGUUCUGCGUCGGUGAAAAGGAGAUCCCUUUAUAGCUUUAUACGCUACGGGGGAUAUUUCUCCUCAGAAAUCUUAGAUUGCUCUUGGAGCAGUUCUGAAGUCACGCAAUCAGCUGAUUCCAUAGGCGCAUCACGUAGGCUUAUCCAACGUUAACUGCUCUAGCGGGACACCUGAAUUAUUGAUAACUCGCCCCCUUAUCGUUCCUAGUGAGGCUUGGGCGCUGCACAGCGCAUCAUUGAGACGCCUGGUCACCGACUGGUUUGAGUUGGCGCAGUUACUAAUGGAGAUGAAGGCAUUAAUGUAGAGAAGACGACCUUGCUUUCAGAUGUGCUGUUACGUGUUGGAAGUGCAUCGUGAGCCAUUCAUGAACCUGGCCGUGCUCUGCAUUGUGACGAGAGUGUGUGCCGCAACCUCGUUACACGCGAUAAUAUCGGUGAUAUCGAUGACUGCACACUGACUGCAGGCCAUUGUACGUUGAACUAUCCUCACCAAUGUGAUUUUGGUUUAACAGUACUUGGGCCAACGCACACCAGGCCUGCUCACGUGAGUCAAGCGGCCUGGCCAACUCCAACAACCGAACCGCUAGCCUUUGGACACCGUGCCGGUUCUUGUCAUGCCGGUUGGGCCAAUCAGGGGCCGGCUUCUGCCGAGCCGUCAUCCCUCUUGUGUACACUGCAGCGCACUGAUCUUUGACGUGUCUGUGGCGCUGAAUUGGUGGUCUUUUACCCCUGGUGGCCCACCAAAGGGCACGCCUCGUCCCGUACAGCUCACCUACCAGUUUAGUCUCACACCUGGCCGCGACCAGUCCCGUUCAGAUGCUCCUGAUUCGCUAACACCUCGCCAGAGCUCGGCAGAAGUUACACCAAGUCUUCCAAGUUCGUGGUGAAACAGUAAUCCCGAACAGAUUUUACAGAAGCCAUCUUUUGGGGUUUUGGGACAAGGUGUUGUGCAUACCGACUGAUUGUAGCACACCUAUCGGCAGAUUAAACGAUUGCGACACUGUGUUAGACAAAGUGCACAGAUAUGGCGUCGUCAAACGGACAGAUACCCUAGCACGCACGAAGCAACGCAUCUCCAACGGAUUGCGGACUGUGUAAAAAAAAAUCAUAUAUUAGGCAGCAUCAUGCCACGUGCUGACAAACUCCUCUUGACUUUCUUCCUUGCCUGGCUCCUCCUGAGUUCCACUGCGCGUGCCUGUACGGGGAGGGCCAGCCAACAGUCCAAAGUACCGCGGCAGUCUACCCCGUUGACGCUCCGCCAGCGGGUACCCAACGUGUCCGAGAACACGCUGGGGGCAAGCGGCCCGCCCGAGGGCCGAAUCCACCGAGACAAUCCCAAAUUCGACGAGCUCCUGCCCCCGAAUAACAACGCCGAUAUCCUGUACAAGGAUGAGGAAGGGACGGGAGCUGACAGACGCAUGUCGAAGAGAUGUAAGGACAAGCUGAACUCCCUGGCCAUCUCCGUCAUGAACCAGUGGCCUGGUAUCCUGCUCCGCGUGACGGAGGCGUGGGACGAGGACGGACACCACGACGAAAACUCCCUCCAUUACGAGGGCCGGGCCGUGGACAUCACGACGAGCGAUAAGGACCGGUCCAAGUACGGCAUGCUAGCCCGCUUGGCUGUGGAGGCCGGGUUCGACUGGGUCUCCUUCGAGUCCAAAACCUGGGUCCACUGCUCCGUCAAGGCAGAUUCUUCGGAAGCUGCGAGGUCUGGUGGUUGCUUCCCGGCUGAUUCCGUGGUCACUCUGCAAAAUGGCGAAACAAGGACAAUGGCCGACCUUCAGAUCGGCGACAAGGUCAAGGUGGUGGACAAAUCCAGUGGACUGGUGACCUUCAGUGACGUCAUCACAUUCAUGGAUCGCAACCCUACCAAGGACACACUGUACCGCAUCAUUAUGACUGACCGCCCCGGCUACACGGUGACACUGACCCCGCAACACGUGCUCUACGUGUCGGACACGAACUCUACCUUCACCGAAAGCAGAGCCGUGUUCGCCAGCGACGUCCAAACCGGUCAGUACCUGUACACCACAGUGCACGACCACGACAGAGAAGGAAGACUCCGGCCGGUCAAGGUGACCGGUGUGUCCACGGUCUGGAAACCUGGGGCGGUGGCUCCCCUCACAUACCAAGGCACGUUGAUCGUGGACGGCGUGGCGGCGUCAAACUACGCCGUGUUGGACGUUGACUGGGUGUCCCACGGUGUCUUUGCGCCGCUGCGGUGGUGGUACAGCAUCAGGCAGUAUCUCGGGACACCAGUGCAGAAAGGACUGCCCACCAACGAUCAAAUCCAUUGGUACCCUGCUUUUAUGUACACAAUCACAAAGCCAAUCUUUGGUAGCUGGUAUCACCCCGAUGCUCUAGAUGUGUAGCCAUGGUGUUGGAGCCGCAAUGGCGCUUCCUGAUUGAUAGAAACUUCCAGCAUUUGAAACUAAUCGUAUGUAUUUCGUGAUAAACGCACCUUCUGUGGUUCUACACGGAGAACACCACUCCAAGUCUAUUCACCAAGGAUACAGCAACAUUUUUUGUAAAAAUUAAGUGGCAAGCGUUGAUCGCACGUAUUAAUACGUCACUGUAAUGUGUAAUGCGAUGCAAAUGAAUUUCAUGUGAUACUGGUUUUUAAACAUGUGGUUGUAAUUAGCGCGUCACAUUUUCAAACGGCGAAUUCUCAUAGAAGCUGCAUGGGUGUAUGCUUAGACACAACGCAAUCGACGCAAACUUGUCGAUUAAGUCUUCGGGUGAAAGAGCCAGUUUCUCUUUCAGUGGUACCUGGUUGUGUUUCCAUGCAGGUGUGCAUUAUAUUUAAGUUGGGGAUGGGCUGGGGCUUUCAGCUGUGUGAGCCCAAACCAGGUAGCAAAUUAACCCAGGAAGGCCGCUGUUUCAUAUUCUCUAUGGAGAGGGCCACCCCAGACCUCAUUUAUCCAAUGACCAAUCUUUCUGAAACUUGACAGGCACAUAAAAGACAUAUACCUGCAUCUGCGGGUUUCUAUUCAAUCGCAUAUGAAAUUUUAGGUUUUUUUAUGGCUAUAGUUCAUGUCCUUGCGCAGCCGGGCCCGCUUGGCGUGUGCCUGACUGAGCACAUGCAAAACUUUUGAAAACUUAAUAUUUUGGCCGGAAAAAGGACAUUUCCGGAGAACUCUAUGUCCGAUUUUCAUCAGUAAUGGUUAGAAAUGGUUAAACUUCCACCAUAAGUAGGAAAAGUCCUGAAAGUUCGCCACGAUAAACAUACAUUGCGAUAACGUCGGAAAAGUAAAGGGCAGAUUCCACCCGGCUCUUUUUAGGGUUCAAUUGGCUAUUUUUAAGAUCAGCCCUCUUCCCCUGCUUCUCAAACCUCGCACCCCUACUGCACCUGCAUAAUAUAACUCGCGUUGUCGUUCUUACGGUUAAUUAACUCAGCGGAAACGACGUUGUGAUGGAGCACUUGCGAAGUUAGUUAUACCAAGACUCCAUUUUUCUUUCAAAACGAUAUUUUUAAGGGCAAUGCAUCUUUCCUAUAUUGUGGUUAGCUCAAAGAAAAUUCCAGACUUUAGCUAGAAUUCUAUGCUUUCCAGUUGACGAGAGCUCACGAUGCUUUAGCAAACGGUGCCAAAUUAUUUAAAUUUUAAUUAUUCAUGGUCAGUGGCUGAUAUAGCUGACAUAUAUUAUAUUUAAUCUGGUCUUUCCCCUUCAGCAAAAGCCACGGGACUGCUUUUGAAUUUUGUUUAAUUUUGCUACUUUUAAAAAAAAUGCCUCUACCUCAAUAAUGGCGGUGAAGUUUCCAUUUAGACUGUAACUGCGUGUAACAAUCCACGAUCUGAUGUUCCGUUACAGUGAACGGAACGCCCUCCCUUAUUUAUCCCGACAAAACCAGAGUAAGCUGUACAGCGGUGUCGUUUUAGGAAUACCUCUCGAUUUCACAUUUAGCAUUCAUGUAUUUAUGUAUUCCCUUUCUAGAGCAAUAUGGCCAUGUUACAACUCAUAAAGGAAAAGGUAUUAAGUUCUACUUGGACACUGACAAAAAUGUGUGUUGUGUGUAAAUGUUUCGGUCAUUUGUGCAUAAAAUACAACUAUGCAUUUAAAUCUAAUUCCUAUUGAUACCUAACUUGCAAAAAAGGAACAUGUACCGUGUGUCAUCUCAUUUGCAUUCGUAAAAGUUGUUUACUUUAUAUUAGGCCGCAUUAGCAAAUAGUAGAUUUCACUUUUCUCGACGAACGAUCCAAUUUAAUUUGUAAAUCUGUGUUGUAUAAAGUCAAACUUUAAUGCUUCAAUAUGCAAAACUGUACAAAUUUAGAUGUCAAAAUUAUAUAUAUUUGUUUUCAGCUGUUUUGUGUUAAUAUAAUAAAUUGAUUUCAGUUAUUCGUGCCUUUU